AAACUUUUUUACAUAUCAAAGUGUAUUUGCUCACUAUGGCUCGUUCCAAGCAGACAGCUCGUAAGUCAACAGGAGGUAAGGCUCCACACUUUGCCAUGAGGGUAAUGCAACAACACUCAACUCCGACGCUUAAGAAACCAUAUAGAUACAAGCCAGGAACAGUGGCCCUCAGAGAGAUCAGGAAGUACCAGAAGACCACAGACUUAGUUAUAAGAAAACUCCCUUUCCAAAGAUUGGUGAAAGAGAUAGCUCAGAGUCUCAAGGCAGAUCUAAGGUUCCAGGCCGGUGCUGUUUCCGCUCUUCAAGAAGCCGCUGAAGCUUUUAUGGUUGGAAUGUUUGAGGACAGCAAUUUGUGUGCCCUGCAUGCCAAAAGAUCAACUAUCAUGCCUAAAGAUAUCCAGCUCGCUAAAAGGCUUCGAGGCGAUAGGGUUUGAGAUCAUAACCUUGUAUUAUUUUAGUUUUCGGGAUUAAUAUUCCGAUUCAAAUGUACUUCUAAGCUUAUUAGAAAGAAAUAAAAUGUUCUGAACUUAAUAAAUUUAAAUUCCAUCC